AUGGAGCCCAGGAGGGCGGCGCCUGGGGAGCAUAGCUGGAGGCCUCGAGUGGCCGCGGGGGCUGAGACGGCCGCAGAGCUCGUGUACCAUCUAUUGGCUCAGGAUCAGGCACGGAACCUGGCCGGGGGUCCUGGGUGCGCACAGAGGCAGGAGCCCGAGCUGGCGACCGCAGAACCAGGAGACCCGGGGACCCCUGAGGACCCCGCAGAUGCCCCGCAGGAGGAACAGUGUCCCUCCAACGCAGGGCAGUGCGGCUUCAGUCGACAGGAGCUUCAGCAGAUCCUCCAGGAGUUGGCCUACUUCCAGCGGGAGCUGCUCACAGACCACAGGGUACCUGGGCUUCUCCUGGAAGCCAUGAAGGUGGCUGUCAGGAAGCAGCGGAAGAAGAUCAAGGCGAAGAUGUUAGGGACCCCAGAGGAAGCAGAGAGCAGUGACGAUGAGGAUGGCUCAUGGCUCCUGCUCUCCAGCGAUAAGGAAGACCACCCCCCACCCCCUGACUCCAGAAUACAGAGUUUCUUUGGCCAGUGUUAUCGAGGUGAAGCAGAAGCCCUUGAAGCCAAGACCAGCAGCACAGCUGCCAGCGAGCGAGAAGAGGAGGCCCCUCAGCAAUCCCACGUGGAGCCUGUGGGCAGCCCCUGACCGGCCCUGCUUUGCUCUCGAUGAACAUCUUUGUCUCGGGGUCUCAGGUGCCCCAGGCGCCUGACCUUGGAGUCUGACUGUGGGUGGAUGUGACCUCAAAUGAGGACAGGGCUCCCUCCUGCCCAGCCCUCCCAGGCUCUUUCCCAGUCUUGGCCUGAGCCAGGGCACGACUGGGAGUCCAGCCUACCUUCCUUCCCUAGAUCUCCGAGUGAAGCCUCCGGGGUCAGAUAAAAGUGCUUCCUCUCUGAGCCUCAGUUUCCCCAUCCGUGAAAUGGAGAGCUGACUACCUACCUCCCAGAGAUUUGCACAGAUGGCCUAAGCUAAUGUAAUAAAGGAACUGCCCGUGAUACCCACAAA